CAUAAAUAACCCCUUUCGCCACCUCUCUCUCAUCAAAAACUUCUCAUUUCUCCUUGAAUUUUUCUCCUCACUAGCUCUCUCACUCUCACCAAAGAAAAACAAAACACUAGAACUAAACAAAUGGCGGUAAAGAGAUCUUCUAAGCUAACACAAACAGCAAUGCUAAAGCAAAUCCUCAAGAGAUGCUCGAGCUUAGGCAAGAAACAAUGCUACGACGAGGAAGGUCUCCCUCUUGACGUACCAAAGGGACAUUUUCCGGUUUACGUAGGCGAAAAGCGUACAAGGUACAUCGUACCAAUCUCCUUCUUGACUCAUCCUGAAUUCCUGAUCCUUCUUCAACAAGCAGAGGAAGAGUUCGGCUUUCGUCAUGACAUGGGAGGACUCACCAUCCCUUGUGAAGAAGUUGUUUUUCUCUCUCUAACAUCCAUGAUCAGAUGAGAAAAUAAUAGAGAGAGUGUUUAAGUAUGAUGAGGACUAAGAUUCUUUUGCUUCUUCUUUUUUUACCUUUGGAUAGUGAUUUAUUAUCCAAAUGGUUCUUUUUUUACGGACUAAAACCUGUAAGAUCCACCCAAAAGAUCAUUCUCUACAUGGAUCAUGUAAAUCUCGGGUUUUAGUUCGUCAGUUAACGCCUUAAUGGGUUUGUAUUCGAUGGAAUGGUUUUUUUUUUUUCUAUGAGCGCUGAUAAGUGGUGGCUUGCACUAUAGUAGAUGAUUAGUGCAAGUUUAAUAUUGGCCAAAUUUUUUUAUAGUUCGAAUCUAUGAUCGUUGAAGUUCUUUGAAACUAAGAAAUGUUUGAACUUUGUAUGAAUCUUUGUUGGGUUUUUCCUCACGGAUGUAUAUAUAAGUACGUUUGACAUGUAUGCGAGUGAGCUAGUGAUGUAUAAAUGAAAAUUUUCAUCCGAAAUUCAUACCAUCAGAACGGGUUAUAAAUGACUACAUAUUAUCCACGAUAAACAGACAGACAAACCGAUCAGCUUAGAUGACUCAAUAUUGAAAAUUGAUGCCUCGGAUAUAAGAAACAAAAACAAUAAAAUUACAUUAGUUAGUAG